AUGUUUUUUCCAUUAACUGUUACUCCUGUGUUUUCAGCUCCCGCUCCUUUAAUUAUAACGUCAACAUCAAAUCUCACACCAAACAAAAAGCGGGAUCUUCUUUUUGAUGUAGACCGUACUUUAGAAAUCCCAAUGGAGGUUUUUAAUGACGAAUGGUGGCUGUUAGUUUCGAAUAUUUGGACGAAAUGGGACUCGUAUGAAUAUGUAAACGGUGAUAUUCGGAAAACUUUUGCCUGUCGUUUUAUGAAGCACCGCGAAUCAAGUACCCGAGAAAAAGAAAAUGUUUCAAACAAAAAACGCCGAAUAACCAAGACACGACCACCUGACGUAUGUUCUGCGAUGAUUAAAGUUUUAUGGAUAGCUUCUUCAGAGGUAGUUCAAGUAGAGCGAUAUAAAAACUCCCCCAACCAUACACAUUCUUUAUCAGAAGUCGAUAGGCUGAAACAGCCAAAAGUCAUUAGAAGUUUAGUUGAAAUAGAAGCGGCCAAAAAUUAUCCUCCUCCAGCUAUCACAUCUGCCGUCAAAGAAUACGCGACGUUAGAAUUAGAUUUUGGUGAAUGUGCGCGCGAGCUGAAGCGCAAAGAAGUAACGAACAUUAAAUACAAAAUUCGUGGGCCUACGGAAACCCGUUUUAUUGGGAAUUCGAACUUAAAAUCAGACAUUUUGGAAUCUGUUUCUUUUUUAACAGAACAGGGUAACAUCGAAGCUAAGAGCAUUAAAAAGACAUUUCCUGGCAUAGAUGCUGGUGAACAAGAGUGCCAAGUCCUCCUUUGUGUUGUUCAUGUCAUGAGAACGUGGAUGCAAAAAAUUAAUGAAAAAAAAACUCAAGACACCAUGAUCGUGGUGAUGCAUAAAAGAACAAAGAUUGGAUGUGAAAAUCUUGUUCAGGAUGCUAUUAAUCAUUGUUCCGUUCCUUAUAUACAAAAUUACAUUAAAAGAAAUUAUACGAAAAAUACGGAGAAAUGGGGCUUAUGGGCUCGUCAACAUUCCCCCCUGCUUUUACAGGUCACAUCAACGAAUUCGUUAGAAUCUUUUCAUAGCGAAUUAAAGAAAAUAACGUCUUCAUUACACGGUGCCGUUCACAACAUUGUCAAUAUCGAUUACAAAAAAAGAUCCGAAGCCGAAAUUGCAUCCUUUAAUUUUCGUAUCAAGAAAAUAUCCGCAUAUGGUGUUGACGAUGAUAUUCUCGAAGAAAUCAAAAAAUUCCCCUUCUCGUUUCAACAAUUAAUCAUUAAAGAGGCCUGUGCUGUGAUGAAUAGACUUGAAAAAGGAAAAGGUGUUCCAGGCAAUAAGUUGUUGACUUCCGACGUAUGGCAAAUGUUUCGUGAAAUUUUUGAAGAAAGCGGAUUUGAAGUGUAUGAAAGUCGAGAGUCGUUUAUAGAAUAUGUUCAAACGGAGCAACAGAAAAGAGCUGAAGAUCGAAGAAUUGCUGUGGGUGAAUUAACCGAAAGAAUGCGUGACAGGUAUUGGCGUGUUGAAGAGACAGGCGAUGCCGAGAGGACGCAAUCUUUCAUUUCUAUGUUAGAAGCUACUGUGAAUCCGAUUAUCUCACGUUUUGAUAAUAAUUCAAACGAAAAAACGUAG